AUGGCCGAUAUCUCGGACCUCAAUCCUCACCUCGAACAGCUCGAGGCCGACCUGGACCAGCUGGAAGAGGCUCUCAAGCCACUUCUCGAGGACCUCGGAGGCCUUUCGUCACAGCUUCCGCUUCUGGACAAGAGCAAGCUCUGUGUUUUGACAACUUAUGCUAUCGAGUCACUCCUCUUCUCCACUCUACGGAUCAAUGGAGUGAGUGCGCGGGAGCACCCUGUCACCACGGAACUUCUGCGUGUCAGACAGUACUUUGAAAAGAUCAAGACCGCGGAGAACCCUCCUGCUCCAAGGGAGAACAGUCUGAAUAAAGAGGCUGCGAUCCGCUUCCUCAAGUCAGAUUUGGCGGACAACGCAGAAGUCAGCAAAAAGCUUGGGGAGCAGCUCACCAAGGAGCGCGAGAAGACUUCGUCCACCGCCACCAAGGGCAACAAGAAGCGCUCAGCAGACUCGAGCGAUAAGGGCACCCAGGGGUCUGCAAAGGCUACUAAACGAUCCAAGACUGGGCGCUCGGGUGCGAAGUGA